UUGUAAAAUAUGGGAAGGGGGUUGAGAAGUGGAUGAAAAAUAGUGACAGAGUUAGAUAAGGAACGCAUCGCAGAAGAAGAAGAAGAAGAAGAAAAGGGGUCUGCUUCGUCCUUCAAUUCUUCUUCACUCUCCUCUCUUUCUCAUUCUCCAAUGAGUUGUUUCGCUUCCCCAGCCAGUGCUUGCGCUUCUCUAGGAUGGAAAUCCUCGAGCUUCUUACUCCAGUCCCCCCUGAAAUCCACCAAUUCCAUUAACUUCCUUCUUUCCACGACACGGGUCUCUUCUAAUAAACCCAUCUCUGUUGCUUGUUCCUCUUCCUUACCUGAUCCUCCACUAUUGGUGAAGGCGGCUAGAGGAGAUCCUGUUAGUCGCCCACCAGCAUGGAUGAUGCGCCAGGCAGGAAGGUAUAUGGCAGUUUACAGAAAACUUGCAGAGAAAUAUCCAUCUUUCAGAGAGAGAUCAGAAACAACUGAUCUCAUUGUAGAAAUUUCAUUGCAGCCAUGGGAGGCCUUCCAUCCUGAUGGAGUUAUAAUUUUCUCCGACAUCCUAACCCCUCUACCUGCAUUUGGCGUUCCUUUCGACAUAGAAGACGUAAGAGGCCCUGUUAUUCACACACCUAUUCGCUCUGAGGAGGGAUUAAAAGCUCUUCAUCCCAUUGACCUGGAUAAACUCAACUUUGUGGGGGAAUCACUUAAACUGCUACGCAAGGAGGUUGAAGGCAGUGCUGCUGUCUUGGGUUUUGUAGGAGCUCCUUGGACGAUUGCAACAUAUAUAGUGGAAGGGGGUACAACACGAACAUAUACGACGAUCAAGAGAAUGUGCCACACAGCUCCACAUGUGUUGAAGACUCUACUUUCUCAUUUGACACAGGCAAUAUCAGAAUAUAUUAUUUACCAAAUAGAACAUGGGGCUCAUUGCAUACAAAUAUUUGACUCAUGGGGUGGUCAGUUGCCACCUGAUAUGUGGGAAUCCUGGUCAAAGCCGUAUAUUCAGAAAAUUGUGAGUACAGUAAGGGAGAAGUGCCCAGAAACACCACUUGUUCUCUACAUCAACGGAAAUGGAGGCCUUCUAGAGCGCAUGAAAGGAACAGGGGUCGAUGUUAUUGGGCUUGACUGGACAGUAGACAUGGCCGACGGAAGGAACAGAUUAGGAACUGAUAUCAGUGUACAAGGAAAUGUUGACCCCGCUUAUCUGUUUUCUACUCUUCCUGCUCUAACUGAAGAAAUUCAAAGGGUUGUGAGAUGUGCAGGACCAAGAGGACAUAUUCUAAACCUCGGACAUGGCGUCCUUGUCGGUACACCAGAAGAGGCAGUUGCACAUUUCUUCGAUGUAGCUAGAAGUUUGAACUUCAAUACCUUGUCUCAAGAUUUGACCGCCCAAGAGCCGAAAUUGGUAGCAUAGUCGAGUAAGAGCAAUACUCAACCAUUUUUUGUUUAGAAUUGGUUGAGUUUUUUAUAACCCUGUUGGAAGCAGCACUGACAUUUUAUUUUAACAUUUUUGGCUUUCAAGCCCUGAAGUUUCUGUGUACAUGCUCAAGGGUUGGCCUGUUUUUAGUGCGUGUGUGUUUUUUGUGAAAUUAUGUAUCAGUUGUAGUAACCUCCAAUUUUUGAAACAA